AUGACAAAAGUGGCUGAGGAAAUAUUGAAUGAAAGCUACAUUCGAUCUCUGAAUCUGACGACAUGCUGCUGCAGAAGAUUUCAAACAGAUAAAAUACUAUUCCCGCACGCAGUUGCUGUAAUCAGGAAAUACGACAAAGAUCCUUUGUUCUAUUGUUCAAAGUACUACAUGAAGGAGACGUACGUCAACACGUACAAUCACACUAUGUAUCCAAUGACGAAUAUGUCAACAUGGAAUACACCUCAAGAAGUAAAAGAUACAAUCAUGCUGCCUCUAGAAUCAAGAACAAAAUCUGGAAAACCGAAGAAGAAACGCAUAUUAGAAGGACAUGAAAAAAGGUUAAAGAAUAAAUGCAUGGUUUGCAAGAAGAUGGGUCACAAUAAAAAAACAUGCAGAAGAUGA